AUGAUCUCUAUCUGCCUGCGCAGACCGGAACACACACCUCGUGCAUAUCAGAUCUUCAUGCAGCUCCUGGAAGAUCAUCGGUCUGGCAAGUCCCAGCCGCCCAGCGCGGAACUGUGGGGCAGAGUCACGGAGGGGGCCGCGCGGUUGGGAGGCGAGAUCAACACCAAGGAUGCGGCGAAGAGGGAGACGUGGACUAGGCGGGCGCAGAACCUCGUUGAUAAGUGGGAGAUGCAUCAGCGGACGAGAGGGCUCAGUGUGGUCGCCGGUGGUGGCGAGGGAGGGAUCAAGGUGUAUCAAGGAUGGUUCGCUGGUAGCGUCAGUGUGGGAUCAUCCAUAGAUGCGCUGGCACCAUACUUCAGCAACGAUUCUUUGAAGGCAGAUCAGCUGUUUGAAGCGAUCCGCCCGUCAGAUUUGCCGUUGGCGUACGAGGCAUUGGCGGAUCUUGCACACAGACAUCAUCUGAAGGAUCUGGGGGAACAGGUGCAUGACCAUCAGGAAGGGGAGAGGAACCGGCGGGAAUUUAUCGCAAGGGCUGUCGUGGACGAGGUCAAGCCGGUCUCGGAGACUGCGGGUCGCAACAUUCUCCGCCAUCGUACACAGGAAAUUUUACACGCCGAUGCCGGGGCUGACGCCGAAGCCGAAGCCGCUUCUCCACGAUUCGCUGUGGUCAACUUGCGAAACAACCUUUCCGAGAUUAACAACGCAAUCUCGCCUCGCCAGCGGCAAUUCAAUCUUGAAAAUGCGUCUUAUGCCGCGGCCCAGGCAGAGAUGAAACGGGCAUACGAGAUCACCGACAAGGACAAACGGGCCGGGUCUACAACGUCAUCCCAUACGGCGGACGAUUCAAUACUACAGCGCCAGAAGCUGCAGGGCUGGAUGUACGAGUGGCUGGGCGCGCUCCAGGAGAAAUUGAAGAAGGAUAUACAGGCGAUGAAGGAGCGGAACGGAGGGGAUGCGUCGGAAGAGGUACCAAACAUGACCACCGGGACAAGGGGGAUGAAGGAGGAUACCUUGGUGCUCUACCUCAGCCUCCUACCGCUGGACAAGCUCGCACUCAUCACCAUCAUCGAGCUCAUGCGGCAGGCAGGGAGCCACGGAGUCGCAGAUGGGAUGAAGUCGCUGCGAGGGUUCCUGGCGGUUGGCAAGGCGAUCGAGACGGAGUACCGAGCGGAAACGAUCAAAACGGUUGCUGGAGUUGACUCGCCCCAGUGGCUGAGGACGCUCGACCCGCAGACGCAGAAACCGACCAGACAGCUGGUGGGGUCGGUGUGGCGCAAAUUAGGGAAGCAGCUGGAUCAGCCGGACGGGGAGAGGCAAGUCAUGGACACGGAGACGGAGGAGGACUUGAGGGCGGUCUGGACUCCGGCUUGGUCGCAGAUGACACAACUGGGGCUGGGGAGUUAUCUGGUUGACGCCUUGCUGCAAGUAGCCAAGGUGGACAGGACAGCCAUGGACCCAGCGACUGGAGAGCGAAUCGUCGAGCAGCAGCAAGCUUUCACUCAUGGCUACGACUACAUGAGAGGCAAAAAACUCGGCGUCAUCCGGCUCAACCCGGUCGUGGCCAGUCGCCUGCAGAAGGACAGCACCUUGCUCAUGGUCCACCCGAAACAUCUACCGAUGUUGGUUCAGCCGCGAGCAUGGGAGGACAUUGAGGUCGGGGGCUACCUCACCCACAAGGUGCCGGUCAUGCGGUACAAGGAGUCCACCGAACAACGGACCUAUCUCCGCGCAGCCUCGGCCAACAAGCACAUGGAGGCGGUCUAUCACGGUCUCGACGUCCUCUCCUCCACUCCAUGGGCAAUCAACCGGAAGAUCUUCGACGUCGUUCUCUCCGCCUGGAACACCGGGGAGCCGAUCGCCGAUAUCCCCGCCAGUGAGGAUAAGGCCACGUACGACCUACCGCCCAGGGACGUGUCGGGCGAUCCGCAGCAGAGGGCCAUCUACGUGGACAAGGCGAAAUCGGCGCUGGCGCAGUCCAGAAAGGACCACAACGAGCGGUGUAAAUUCAAUUACAAUCUCGAGAUCGCUCGGGCAUACCUCAACGACACAUUCUACCUCCCCCACUCUAUGGACUUCCGUGGUCGCGCCUAUCCCAUCCCUCCCCACCUGUCCCCGGUCGGAGAUGAUCUUUGCCGAGGUCUCCUGACUUUUGGCGAGAGGAGACCGCUUGGCAAAGUCGGUCUCAAAUGGCUCCAGAUCCAGCUGUCGAACGUAUACGGAUACGACAAGGCGUCGUUCGACGAGCGGGCGCGCUUCGCACAGGAUCACGAGGCAGACAUCUUCGAUUCGGCGGAUCGCCCGCUGGAGGGGAACAGGUGGUGGCUCAAGGCGGAAGAUCCAUGGCAGUGUCUUGCGACCUGCUUUGAUCUCACUGCCGCUCUCCGCUCGCCAAAUCCCGAGCUGUACGAAUCAUCAUUGCCGGUACACCAGGACGGGACGUGUAAUGGGAUGCAGCAUUAUGCGGCCCUGGGCGGAGAUGUGAGGGGUGCCAAGGCUGUCAAUCUGGAAAAUGGGGAUCGACCGGCGGACAUCUACACGGGCGUGGCGGAUGUGGUGAACAAGGUGAUUGAGCAGGAUCAGGCGGAGGGGCAUCCGGUGGCUCAGCUCAUCAAGGAGCCGCUGGGGAGAAAGGUGGUCAAGCAGACGGUCAUGACGACCGUGUACGGUGUCACCUUCAUCGGGGCCCGAGACCAAAUUGCCCGACAGAUGGUAGCUCGGGGCGACAUCUCGUCUGAUCAGAUCUUCGUCGUCUCCGGCUAUAUCGCCAAGACCGUCCUGUCCUGCAUCGGCGACAUUUUCUCCGGAGCCAAGGACAUCAUGGACUGGCUCACGACGUCCGCGCGGCUCAUCGCUCGCUCCAUCCCUGCAGAGCGCGUCGAAUCGGCGGUGCAGCGCACCAAGACCAGUCGGAACGGCGUGACCAAAUACGAAGCACGGCUCGAGAAGGAACUCAUGACUUCGGUCGUGUGGACUUCACCGCUUGGUCUGCCUAUUGUCCAGCCUUACCGCAAGGCAGCCAAGAAGCAGGUCAUGACGGCGCUUCAGUCGGUAUACAUCUCGGACCCGAAUGCCCUGUCCCAGGUCAGUCCGCAAAAGCAGGCCACGGCAUUCCCUCCCAACUUUAUCCACUCCCUCGAUGCUACCCACAUGCUUCUGACCGCCACAAGGUGCAAGCAAGCAGAAAUCACCUUCGCCUCGGUACACGACUCUUACUGGACGCACGCAGCUACCGUUGAGCCUAUGUCGGAAUUGAUCCGCGGGGAAUUUAUCAGGCUCCACUCACAGGAUCUCAUCGGGCAACUGAGGGAUGAGUUCCUGGAGCGUUACGGCGAGCACUUUGUCCCGGUCAAGAACGCUCGGGCCAUCUCCAACUCGGCCGCUACCAAACGGAAGAAGGACUCGGAACGGCGAAAACAGCUCGCAUCGCUCCUCGGAGAGGACAUUGACUCGCCCAUCGUCACGGCGGCCGUAGACGGCGUGGACGCGGACGUCUCCAGUCUCUUGUCCGAGUCUGCCGACGCGGACGCGGAUGACUCGGAUCUGGAUGGAUUGUCGGCGGAGUCGGACCUGGAGGUGGACGAGGACGUUUCAGAAUCGGCAAAGAGGAGGAGUCCGGUAUCCCUCGAGCUGAGCACGGCGGAUCUGGCGUCGCUGCAGGCGAAGAGUGGCGGUGGGGAGGUACCGGAGGAAGUGUUGGCCGACCAGCGGUUCGUCAAGUUCAAGGAUAUCUUGCCUCCUCCUCCAGCGAGGGGUUCUUUCGACGUCUCUCGUAUCAAGGACUCGGCGUACUUCUUCUCAUAG